AUUUUCAUUUAUUUUUCCCCUCCUCUGUUUUCUCUGCAACCCCUGCGCUUAAGAUGUCUUGAAAUCCUCCUUUCGUUGCCACUCAGCUAAAGAGGUGGGAUUGUUCCAGCGCCAGCAAGUUCUUAGAACCUGCAUUUCACCUCUUUUAUUUAUGCAUUCACUUUGUUUAUUUUGACUGGGUUAUACCUGAUCUCUCCUUCUCCUACUGUAAAGGAGAGAGAGAGAGAGCGAUCGGAAAGUUUUUUUUUAAGUGCUUUGAUCCUCUCCUGUGAAGAACAAAAGGCGCUGCCUGAAUUAAAGAGAUAAUGAUACAAGUUGACAUGAGCAUUUCAAGGUGAUUUCGAGCUAGUCAGGUGGAAGGAAGGGGGGGAAAGGAUGAAAACAUUCUUAUUUCCCCCCCUUCGCUUUAAGGAAUAUUUAGAGGGAAAGCGGGGGGGGAAAUAAGGGAAGGAAGAGAAAGGAGGUGAGAGGAGGCUGAGCAACCUGGGCUGGUUCUGUAAAGGCUGAGCCGGGGCUGGGGGAGAUGUGCCCGGCGCUGCCCCGCGCAAGAUCGGCGGGGACCCGCGCAGCCCCGGCAUAAAGCACUUUUUUGUACAGAUUGAGCUCAUUUUUGUUUCUUUUCUUUUUUUUAAUUUCCGCGCUUUGCACCCUACGCCUUUAAGAGCUUUUUUUUUCCCUCUCCCCCACAAAAAAAAAAAGCAAAUGGUGCUGGGCAAGGCAUGUAACUGCAAGAUCUGCUCUAAUUACCCCGCGGAGGUAAUUGGGCUCAGGGAAGCCCUGGGUGCGGGAAGGCUCCGGCUUUGCAGGCAACUUGGCGGGGGAGCGCGGAGGGAGCGCGGAGCGGGGCCGCUGGGACCCCGCGCUUCGCAGGCGGCUGCGCGGGUGCGGAGCUGCCCGGCUUGGGAACCACCAGCUCCCGAAGCCGCGGAAAGGGAGGGAAGGUUGCGCGGAGCUGCUCUGCACCCGGGGCGGUGCUGUAAAUAACUCCGGAGCGUCCAACCACCCCCCUCAAACAAAAAAUGCUAAUAAUCGUCAUAAUUAAAUAUAUUUUAAAGUGUAUUUAGUCUCUGCCACCGCCCCAUCCAGCGAAGGGGGGUUCGCGGGGUUCAGGUGCGAACAGGGGCCCCGCGGUACCGCGCUGCCCGGCGGUGCAGAGGUGAGGGUGUUGAAGGCAGCCCCUCUCCAACUAUUUCAGGUCCUUGGCAAUUGGUCACCAGUAUUCCUCCCUGGGGACUCAGCCCAUCCUCUGCGGGAGCAUCCCAGGACUCGUACCCAAGCAGCUACGCUUCUGUCGGAACUAUGUGGAGAUCAUGCCCAGUGUGGCAGAAGGGGUAAAGAUUGGGAUCCAAGAAUGCCAACACCAGUUUCGAGGGAGGAGGUGGAACUGCACAACCGUCAAUGACAGCUUAGCCAUUUUUGGGCCUGUGCUAGAUAAAGCUACCAGGGAAUCAGCCUUUGUCCACGCCAUUGCCUCUGCUGGAGUGGCUUUCGCGGUGACCAGAUCUUGCGCCGAGGGCUCGGCCACCAUCUGCGGCUGCGACACCCGCCACAAGGGCUCUCCUGGGGAAGGCUGGAAAUGGGGGGGCUGCAGCGAGGACGUGGAGUUUGGGAGCAUGGUGUCUCGGGAGUUUGCGGACGCCCGAGAGAACAGACCAGAUGCCCGAUCGGCCAUGAACAGGCACAAUAAUGAAGCUGGAAGGACCUCUAUUAUUGAACUCAUGCAUCUCAAGUGCAAAUGUCAUGGCCUCUCAGGAAGCUGCGAAGUGAAGACCUGCUGGUGGUCUCAGCCAGACUUCAGGGUCAUUGGUGACUACCUCAAGGACAAGUACGACAGCGCUUCUGAAAUGGUGGUGGAGAAACACCGAGAAUCCCGCGGCUGGGUGGAGACCCUCAGGCCCAAAUACAACUUCUUCAAGGCUCCAACAGAGAAGGACCUGGUUUACUACGAGAACUCACCAAACUUUUGUGAGCCCAACCCUGAGACGGGUUCUUUUGGGACCCGUGACAGGAUCUGUAAUGUCACUUCUCAUGGGAUUGACGGCUGCGACCUUUUGUGCUGUGGCCGUGGGCACAACACGAGGACUGAGAAACGGAAAGAGAAGUGCCACUGUAUCUUCCACUGGUGCUGUUAUGUCCGCUGCCAGGAGUGCAUACGAGUCUACGAUGUCCACACGUGCAAAUAAAACAGGCAAAAAACCCUUUGCUGGGCUCUGGGUGGAGAAACAGAUUCGAGCCUACUUCCUCUGAGGCAGACACAAGAGAAGCCUACUUUUUUUGAUAUUAAAAGAAUAAAAACUUUUUUAAAAAAAAGGCUAAAACUGGUCGGAUAGAAUAGGUCUAGUGACUUCUGGGCUAUCCUGAGGUACAUCAGGCAGUGACACAAGUUGCACCCCGAUGAUGUCUCCUGUAGGAGACAGUGAUUUUUCAACCAGCCGAGAACACAGAGCUGGAAAGAAGAGCAUCAGCAAAAGCAUGGAUUUGCUCUGCUCUCGCCCACCCGAAGUGACUCGUGUGAUUAAGUGUCCUUUGAAAGACUUGCAUCUUCCUGAGUAUCUCCUUUUCCCUCGGCCUGGCAGAGGCUGUGUUGGACAGCAGCACUAAGCUUUCUGAGAUCUAUCUACCUACCCGAAUGGCCGGGCUCUGUAUGUAACAUGAGUGACAACAAAAGCAGAAAAAGAAAAACAGAUAAAUUAAUGUUUUUUUUAAAAAAAUGCAAAUACUCCUUUGCUUUUGCCCUGGAACCAGAGAAGUCUACAAACACAUAAUAGAGCUGUAGAGCAGGCAGGCUUUUUGCGUGAACUUUUUAGCACAGUAGUUUCUGCCAGUUUUGAUGCAGAAUGCAGUGACAGCUGUGGAGAGGGAGGAAAGAAGAAGGAGAGAAAGACAGAAAACUGCUGAUGGUUUCCUGCAAAUGUCCUGUUGGCACACAGGUGAUGUGCAAGGUAUGGACAAGUUCAGUGCCUGAUCUGAGAAGAGGACUUGGUGUGUGUGUCAAGAAGACAGUCCCACGGAUGGAGAUGGUGCUCCAACUGUGGCCUGGUACAUGGUUCAAAUGAGUCUUCCUUGGAAACAUGCGGUGAAAAGCGAGUGUCCUGGGGCUGGACAUUUGCUGCUGGGAGUGGGACAUGCAGCUCCUCAGCAUCCCAGCGUGCUCCCAUAGGGGAGGAAACCACCUUGUUAGAAAACGCCGUCACCAACAGCGGAAAGUGCACUUAGUCCAUCCACUCCCUGCACCUCGUUCAGGCUUCCCCCUGGGCACUUAGCAAAAGCCUCAGAUCACAAGUCUGUUGGGAACAUGACUCUGAAGGACUGCUUGUCACUCAUUAACGUACGAGAUGGUGAACCAGUGCAUCACCACCCCCACACACACAAGCUGGAACAGCAUGAGACUCAUGCUGAAUUUUGUUCCACACCUAAUUUCUAUAGCCAUUCCCACCUCUGAAAGUGACACAUAUUAAAAUGCACAAAGCCCAGACACUGAACCAGCUCAGACUUUUGGGCAAGCUUGGACAUAAAGACAAAUACCAGCUUUGCAGCGCUGCCCCAUCUCUGCUGUUCACCUCUGACUCCCUGUCUUUGUGUGCUGCCCUGCUUCUUAUUUCAGGUCAGGAUGCCCAGUCUGCAGAAACAGAUCCCACCUACCCCGUGGACACCAGGGCUUCUUCAGCCAUCUGGGUGUCAGGUGUGAAUCUCAGCCCAUCACCUUGGUAUUUAUCACACUGUAACUCUGCUUGAGUUACUCCUGGUCAAUUUUGGCAUAAAUGAGUGGUGAAUCAUGCACUUGUCCUGUGUCCUCUUUGCCUUACCCAUACCUGUGGGUUCCUAUCUUGGGAAAAGGACAAUGGAUCGGCAUUUUUUCUCCCUCUUCAGUACAGGAAGGGAAAUCAGGCAUGAUCUAACUCUCAGUGACCCAUAAGAGUAUUUUCAUGGCAAUGCAAUCAUGGCUAUGGGCUCGUUCACACCUAGACGUCUAUGUAGAGAAACCGGAGUGCUCUUUUAUCCCUGCUUAUUCUCGGGAACCAAAAGAGGGAGUAUGCAAAAGAGGCAAGGAACAAACAGAGCUUAAUCCCAUCAGAGGGAAAACAGGAGGAAAUGAUGCCUCCAAGGGUUGACUCUGAGUCAUGGUGUCUCCUGGGACCACUCCAAGGCUGGUGCAGUUUGUGCAUCACCCAUUUGUCUCAGGGCUGUGCCCAAGGGCACAAGCAAACUUUGCUUAUUGAUGGAGGCACUUCUAUUACUCUCUGAAAAAAUAUAUAUAUAUAUCAUUAAACCAAACUGCAAUGAAAUGAGAGCAGAAACACAGAAGAGAGGAAGAGAUCAAGAGAGACAAUGAAAAAAGGAGGAGAAAACCAAUCAAUCAUAUCUGUACAUGUCAAUGUUGCACCCAACGGAUGGCCACACACCGACUGGUAGAAAGCAAUAGAUCACUAAAAACUGAAAGAUGGACCAAUUAAUGGAGGCGUGACUGAUUUUUUAUAAUACAGUCUGGGAGAAAAGGAAAAUCUGGUUAUUAUGGCAAAUAGAGAAGGAAGCCACUGCAGGGGGAUAUUGCUACAAUAACCAAUAUUCAAACAAAAGCUUUCAAGAAAGCUGAAGAAAACCAUAUAUGUGUUGGAGACAUUGAUGAAUUGGAAUAGACGGGACAAGGAAUAUGUCUGAUUUACUUAAUCUGAUGCAAUGCUAGCAGCAACAGCAAGACAUGUUAGACAUGUCCCACCAGGUACUUGUGUAAGUUAAUGGUAUCCCUGAUGCUGAGGAUGCAAAUCAUUGCAGGUCACAGUCCCUGUCAAUCCACUGACUUCAGCAGGAUCACACCUACAACUGAUUUUACCCUAAUAUUUUUAAGCAAAGUAGUUUCAAACUGCUUUUAUACCACACUGGUGAAGAAAUGGGUUGAAGGACUUGGCUUCCAUGCAUGGGAGCUGGACUUGAUCCCAGCACAUCCACAGCAUGCUAACAUCCACCUUUUCUGCUUUUGCACCAGAAACAAGCCCAACAUCCCUAGCAGUUGAAACUCCUUGGGAAGAAUGGGGGGAGGGGGGGGAACGAACAAACAAAACCAAAACACACAACAAAAAACUGGACACUUGCUGAGCAAUCACCUCUCAAGAUGAACAAACAGAUUUUGACUGCAGCAGUGGAAUUUAUUUCAUCUGGCCAUGUCAUCUAGUCUAAGCUAUUUAUCUACUUUUCUCCUAGGAUAAAUUGCAAGAAACAACUCCAGAAGGUGAUUCAUUAUAGCCUAGGAUGGUAUCUAAGCUAUGUUUGGUAAACUGUCCUCUGGGUAUACCUCUGUCUUUCCUCUGACUUUAGCUGAUGAGUUCAUACUAGAUGAUGAGCUCCUGGAUACAGGCUGAUGAUGUGAAGUCCAUCAUGAGUCAAGGAGGUGAAGCUACAAUCUGAUCAUCAGCUGAGAUGGGCUAGAAGUUGUAUUCCUUCAUCCAAAGCUGGGGUCAGGCUUGAAACAGCUCAGUACUUGGGGACUUCCACCCAUUCUAAUGAAGCCUAUGCAUACUUGUUUGGUUUUAUUGUGUAAUUAGUCAUCCACUGUGACGAUAUGAUGUAAAGGGUUGAGCAGCUGCUACUAAAGACAAUGAAAAAUGCCUGUGUGAAUUCUGUUAAUCACAUCUGAGGGCCCUAGUCCUGGGUCUGACUCUUCCCACCCAUGAGGAGGGAAGGGAGAGAGCCUGCUAGGGAACUGGGAGCAUGCUGAGUGCACAUGUGAGGUCUGAGUCUCAUCCCAUGGCUUUGGAGGAGAUACUUUGACCAUCGCUCCCUAGUGCACAUAAAUUUUCAUUGGAAAACUAAGAUCUCACUCCAUUGCCUACAUGAGAUAUUUCAAGCUAGGGUUGUCACUGUACCGGUAUGAAAUAUUGAGUGAGGUGCCAUCCCUCCUUAUACAUCAUCAUGCCUACACUGAGCAUCAUUUAGGAGAUGGUCUAAAUCCAUCCUAGAGCUGCCUUCAGUCUCAGGUUCUCCCAUUCUGUGAAAACCGUCGGGCCUUCAUUAUGGAGAGGACUUACAGUUUCAGUCAAUAAUGUAAGCAUCUGGUGACAUUUUAUGUGCUCUACAAUAACCUAUUGGGAUCCAGAUGUUGCUUUGAUGAUUCCCACCAGCCUUAAACCUGGGCAGAUAUGUCAGGGAGAGACUGUAGGGUGUCCAAAAUGACGCGAGAUGCCUACAUGUAGACAGUUGAAUUGUGCACUUCUCUGGAAAUGGGUUUCUGUCAAAAUUUCAUCUCUGUUGAGCUGGGUAAUGGACCAGUCUAUAGUCAAAAUGAAAAGAUAAUUCAUUUCCCACAAAUCGGAGCUGGCCAACUCAACUUCGAUGAUCUGUGUUGCUCUUCCCUUUGGUCUUCACUUAUUUCGAGGUUUGUGCUCGGGCAGAUGGUUUAUAUCAGGCAUGUGUUCAGCAGUACCAGGGAAAAGAGAGAAGAUAUCAUCCAACCAAGUAACAUAUGUGAAAAAUAAAAAUAAUAAAAAAAAAGGAACAUAAUUCAAUCCUCUUACAUGCUGUUACCCAACCUUUUCUUUAACUGAACAGACGGUUUUGAUGGUCCCCAUCAGUUCCACAUCCACCCUCAUCAAAGACAGUGGAGUUACCUGUGAGGGGUGAAUUUGGCCUCAUCUCUUUUCUUUCUAUGAAAGAAAUGGAAAGUUUAGGAGUUUCUUCUUCUUUUCUUUCCGUCUUAGAGUUUGGGGGUUUCUCUUUCUUAGAGAAAAGAAAAACAUGGGGAGGGAAAUGCAUGACAUUUUCUAUAUACUUGACCCCUGAGGUAUCUCUUUUUUCUAAGUGUCAUGCUCAACACUGACAGUCUUCUCCAAAGCAUUUUGAAGUCUCCAGAAUUGUUUCCAUUCCUUGCAAGGGCCUUCAUGUGCAGAACUAAACCAGUCAGAGUUCAAUCUCAAGAGGGGACUGCAGAGGCAACCGAGCCACAAGAUGCAGUCUGGUACAGAAAUCUCUGAGCCAGCACCAACCACAUCAGCCCUGCAGACAGAAGUGCUGUGGUCUUAGCUGAGCAUUGCAUUAGCAAAUCUUAAAGAGCAAAUUAUUUUGCCACUCGAUCUAAAAUAUUUUGGUAUUUUCAGAUAUAUUCCCACAGAGGUGUCCAUGGAUUAUAACAUAUCUAUCAUGUGUGUUCAUACGCUUGUCAUGCCCCCAUCCUCAAAUUCAAAUACAGGAGAAACACUAUGAGCUUCAGGUCACGUUUUUUAGAGUCAAAGAGGGGUUUCAGUGAUGAAAAUCUGAGGCCGAUGUUCUUGUGGAUAUUCAGGGUUACAGCAUGAGCACCCUGCAAGAGCCAGGAGUUGUGAAUCCAGUCCUAGGUUCUGCACUAUGGAAAUUACUUUGGACUUCCAUUGACGCCUUAAUGAUAUCUUCUUUGAGAAGACAAAGCAGGGCCAUGAAAAGGCACUGAAUCAAACAGUCCUGCAGAUACCAGCUGUUGGAUCUGGUUAAACAGGCAGCCCAUGGGGAAAUGCGUCCUGGCUCUUCCAGAGACCUACUCCAGAGCUGAGGCUGCCGAGAAGGCAACUCUCUGCCGUUAGUGACACAGCAAGGGACAGGGGAUGUUCAAUCAGAUCUCUCAGUCAUGUGCCAAAGUAGCUGUUUGGAUGAGAAGAUAUGGAGAGAGCAUUAGAUGAUGGGAGAGAAGGUGGGCUGGGUGGGAGGAGAUCCCAUCUCUCCUUCAUAGCUAUAUAUCUCCUAUUUCCUACCUGCCUUCAGGCUAAAUCUUGGCUGUUGCAGGGACUUCUUAGUAGAGGAGAAUCUCUUUUCUAGAUUUCCCUUCUUUUGUCAGGCAGCAGUAGCAGGAUCUGGCUUGCUUUUUGCUGAAUUGUUUUCUUCAUGGCUUAGCCCAUCAUUCUCAUGUUUCCUGCCCUCUCCUGUGUGCUCCGACAAAAGCUACUGCUCUGCAGAUCAUCACAACUCAGCAAGGGAACAGGACCUUCCUGCCUCAGGCCUCCAUUAACUCCUGCAGGGUGCAGAUACUUCCAUUUGGUGGGAAACAGAGGUUCCUGUGGGCUCCAUUUUGAGAAUGGGGUGUUUAGUCUUCAUUUCUGAGACUUCCAGUCUCUUUGUGGACUUGGGCAAGUCAUUCUACUCCCACUUCAUUGCAGUUUUCCAGAGGUGCGUCUCCAGCUUGGAGAGGGAGAUUUUCUCAAGCACAAAUGAGAGACAAGUAGUUAACUCCCAAGCAGUGGUACCUGGGGUGGGAUUCACCAUACAAGGUGAGAUGCUUAAAUGCAGGUAUCUACAUGUGAAGGAGGUUCUUGAACUCCCAUACAAAUCCAAUGAUGGGCUCCCUUUGCCUAAACAUAUUAUCUAGAACUGAAUUGAAUUAUUGGAAAUAAGUGUCUAGAGCCAUCUGAUGUGCACCAGGGUAUCCCACUGGCCUCUAGAAACUACUCUGGAAGAGUAUGGCCUUCCCCUAAGUCCUAUGGUGUAUCUGCUAGCUCCACAUAGAUGUUGCGGAAACCCCAGGGCACCUCAGAAGACAAUAGAUGCCUGUGCUUGAGCAACUCAGUUGACCUCCUAGUUGAUAAAGAAUGGAGGUUAGAGAAGAAUUCAGCUGGCCAAAUGCAAGUGUCCAUUCUAGGGCAAGCUGAACCAAUCUCUGGACUCCACUGACUGGUGACUAAAUCUCCAUCAGAUACGGGUGUUAAGAUGUCUAAGUCACACAGAGACAUGCGCUUGUGAACACCUGCAAGUGUGUGUCUUUAUGUAUGAGCUGGAUCCCACUCCAGAUGCCUAACUCUCAUGUUUUUAGAGACUUUAAGAUGGAAAACUGUGUAUGGGCUCAAUUCUGUUCUCAAACUGAUAUAAAUCAGCAGACAUAAUUUCCAUAAUGCCAGACUUACAAGUGUAUCAAAGGGAGCAGAGGGUGGACGUAUUCUGUAAGAAUAAUUAUUUGAAUCCACUUUACUGACUGGUAUGUAAUGGGUUUGACCCCAAGGGAGCAUCUCUGCUCUUCCUCUUGGAGAGCACAUAAUGAAAAUGGACAAGUCUCACCAAGUCAUCUACAGGCAAAAGCUUGCUGUUAUGGGAAUACCAUCCAGAUAGAGAAAGCUCCUGAAGCACAACAGUCACAAGAGUCUUUUCUACAUGACUUGAUUUACUUUGCCUCUUUAGACCUUGCUUUUCUUAUACAUGUUCUGUGGACCAAGGGAGAUCUUGGACAGCCCUGCAUGGAAGUGGAGAGUGGGGAAGGUGUGAGGAGAUUCUUUCAUCAUUUUCCUUUCUUCUGAAAGUUCUUUAUUCUUAUUUAUUAGUAUUUAUUUAUUUCUCACCAUUCAUUCCACUCCACCAAAAGUCCUGAAGGCACGUCUGCUAUAGACAUAGGCUAGCAAGCAGCCGGGUAUCACCCAUGUUUUUGAGGGAAUACACCAUCUUGUCAAGGCUCCUUCCUAAUGUGCACUUGCCACCUGCUGCUACCACUUGGAAAGCACAAGAAGCCUAAGUCUUUCCAAGGCAGGCUCCAAAAACCUUCAAAAUUCUCCUGUGUGUAACAAAAUCCUCCCCACUGAAACCAUGGUUUCCCACUGAUGUGUGUUCCUCCAGACCUGGUUGCCCCAAUGCUCUCCUGUCCCCAUCUGACUGCUGCUCAGCCUUACGCCUCUUAGCCUCGGUGGAGAUCCACUCAAUCUAUCUCUUAAGGCAUCAUUUUCUGUCACUCCCAGGACAAAACCUGCCCGAACAAGACCUGUUGUAGUUUUGGACUAUCUGACAAGCCCACCAGCAUUGUGGAAGACAUAAAACACAGACCUGUAGCACCCCAGGGGAUUCCCCCAUGGUACAAAACAUGAUUGUCCGGCAGCCGAGGACAAGUACCUUCUUGCGGGUGGGUUUUUUUUCACUGUUGCUUUCCCUUCCCACAGACUGUCUGCCUGAUUACAUCGCCUUCUUCAAAGCUACAUCACCGUCUGUAACCCUUCCCCUGCCCUCACCCUACCUGCGCACCCCUUUGUACAGAUUGCAUGUAUGAUACAACCUGAAAUUCCAAAGCUAUUGUACAAAGUAGGAUUGUCACCUUUUAUUUUUCUCAGUAUUUUGUUAAGUCUGAUGAUUUUUUUAUGAUUAUUUAUUUUAUGAAUAAAUGUAUAUAUUAGUAAGAGUAUAUAUUUGCGGAAAUAACUCAUCGGGACAGUGUCGUUGCUCUGCUGUUGUGCUUGUGACCUCAUUGGCUUUUACCCUAUUUUCUACUGACAGCACACUAGCGAUGUCUUACAAUUGUUUUUUGUUACCAGUUAAGUUUGAUAGAUGUGUUAACUUUAUAAUGAAAAUAAUAAUAAAAAAAAGCAUUAAUUUUAA